AUGUCAAGAUACAUCCCUCUGUUAUCUUAUCCAAGUUUGCUAUCGUUGGACAUUGGCAAUAUUGUGGACAAAUCAAUUGGCUUGACUGGAAGUUAUGAAGUCACACUGUCUGCCAAAUUUUACCCACCCACUCAACAAUUCCCGGCAAGCAAGAAGGCAGACAAAAUAAUCAAUAUCGGCCGCGGGACUGGGAACAAUAUGUCCCAGUUUUUAACUUUCCCUCCAAACCUCGAAACUGCAUUUGUGGAGUUAUUUGCAAGCGGGUCAGGCCAAGAGGAGUUUUGGUAUACAAAUGUGCCAGAUCGCUUCAUGGAGAAAAUUGACCCAAAUCACACCGGAAAUGUCGCUGUCGGCAAAGGCGCGUUCCGAGAGGUUCAAGUCUGGAUCGAUAGCUAUCUUGCUGGGGUUGCAUAUCCUUUCCCUGUCAUCUAUACAGGAGGAAUCUUGAUGUCUUGGUGGAGACCGAUAUGUGGGAUAGGUGCAUUCGAUUCUCCUACAUACGUUUUAGAUAUUUCGCCCUUUGUCCCAUACCUCUCAGAUUCCAAGGCCCAUAACUUCACUCUGUACGUGGAGGGACAAGGUGAAAAUCGCUCAAUAAACCCGGAGUGGAUCUUCAGUGGUUCCGUUUUCAUAACUCUGGAUCCUAGCGGCACUCGCACUACCGGGGGUAUACUUUCAUAUUCUACAGACUCCGACACAACAGUCGAGCCGUCAUCGCCCGAAGGUCUUGAGACUCUAUUGCAGCUGGACCCAUUUUUCCCGAUUAAUUUCAUCAUGAGGAGUUACCGAAAAUUGUCUGUAUCAAGUCUUGUGAUAACUGGUAGCGGUGAACCUCGGGCAGUAAGAGUCGAGCAAGACUAUAUCUAUAGUAAUGAACAGUCUUGGAUUUCCCAAGGCAAUUACCAAGCGGUUAACAUGUCAAGUCAAGGAAAUAGCCUUUCUACCUAUGAUGAUAAGACUAUAAUCACGGACUCCUUUGAAUUUCCUUUGAAUCUAAAUCUCUCUACUCUUGCUUUAUCCGAAACCAACCAGACCAAGAUUGUUGGAAACCUCACUCAUACAUUUAGACGUUCCCAAUUUUUCUCGCUAUCCCCUAGUUUGGGUCAAGUUGACAUUGAUACCACCCAACACUCGAUUGGCGAACUGUUGUUGAAUGCAAAUGGUCGAGUCAUAGGUGGUCUUGGGAGGAUGGCGCAAUUCUUCAACUACAACGAUGGAAGAAACGAAAGUUAUACCCGGAAUAUCGAGGUCUUCAAUGUAACCAAUGUGAUGAGAGAUGAAGAAUCAGGAACGCUUUCUCCGCCUCGCAUCUCAGAGCUGGAUGUGAUAUCCGACCUACCGAUCGAUGAAGACGACAUAGUGGGAUCCCCAUACCGAAUUUUGCGCAAACCGAGUUUUGAAAAACUACCAUUUUCUUCCAAUAUACCAUUUGUAUUACAAGUCAAUCAUUAGGUUGUUCUCAACUUCUCUGGUGACAAAUCUGAGGCUCAUUCUAUGUCAA